AUGGUCGCUCCUCAGCUUACGAAUGAGUCUCUUGUCCGUGUAUCAGGUUCACUCACAACAUCGACUGAGACUGCCUGCGAGGUGUCUACACUUUGCGUAUCCGAGCUAACUGUCCUGUCGCAAGCGAAAGCAGGAAGCAGCAUAAGCAAUAGCUUCAGAUCGCUUCAUGGUGGUCCAAAAGGGGAAGACGACGAGCAGAAGCCAAAUCAACUGGGCUGCCACCAGAUCGACCAAAGACUAGAUGAAAGGGUCCUGGACGUGCGUGUUGCCUCCACGGCCGCGAUUUUCAAGGUUUUCUCUGGUGUUAACGAGCUUGCCGUCGAAUUCCUGGCGAUGCGUGACUUUUAUCGCAUUGCCACCCCGUCGCUGAUUAGCUAUGAGUAUCCAGGAGAGGAGGAUGACCACUUUGCCGUGCCCUACUUUGACAAGACGGCGUGGCUGGCACCAACCGGAGAAGUACACCUGGGGAUGGCACUCGCUGCAGACUUGGAGCGAGUGUACGACAUUCACAAUGUCUUUCGCCAAGAAAGAGAUGUUGACGGCAGACACCUGACUGAGUUCACCAUGCUCGAGCUCGUGUUUGCCCUCGACCAAGGCUGGGAAGAAAUUUUGAACCUAGCGAUCGAUCUCUUGAUAUUUCUUAUCCAGUCUCUUCAAGAACGCACAAAGUACGCUCAGUUAGCCCCAGCCGUCCAGCGACUGCAUCCUUCUUCCGGUCCUUUCAAACUAGGACUAGUCCAAGGGAAGCUGCUACGAAUUACGUUUCGUGAAGCCAAGACCAUUCUGCGGACUUCUCUAGACAUGCAGAGCAGUUUCGAAGAUGACUUUACACCCGAAGAAGAGGCAGCACUCGGCCGCUUCCUCUCCAGUGAUGAAUCACAUCUCGGCCCUCCGACCGAUAUCUUUGCUGUCACCCAUUUUCCCAAACAUCUCCGCUCAUGCAAUGUGUAUCCGUCGGAGGACGGUAGCUCGACUAAUUCAUUUGACAUCAUCAUGCGCGGACAAGAGGUUUCGACUGGUUAUCAACUGCUGAACUCCCACGAACAACUGCGAACUGCUUUCGCUACUCGAGCGCAUCCCAUCGAUCCUGACUCGCCUGGGUGGCGCCCGUUUGUGGCAGCGCACGAGUUCGGCAUGCCGCCAUGGGGUGGCUUCGGAAUGGGGCUCAAUCGUUUUGUUCAAGUCUUUUUGGGUUUGAAUGACAUCCGUGAGGCGACUCUAUUUCCACGCAAUUCGGCACGCCUUACACCAUGA